AUGGGGCGCGUCAAGGUGGUCGGACCACCUGAGGGCCAGUCUCGGAGCGACUCACUGGCCAGCGUGUACUCGGCGGGCGAGGCGCGCUACGGCACGGUCCCGGUACGCGGUGACCUGGAGCUGGCGCUGCAGUACAACUACCAGCAGAGCGCGCUCGAGGUCACCGUCAAGCAGUGCCGCGAUCUGGCCGCUGUCGACGCCAAGCGCAACCGCUCCGACCCCUAUGUGAAGGCCUAUCUGCUACCCGACAGAUCUAAGAGUGGCAAGAGGAAAACAAAGACGAAACAUACGCUGCAUCCCGUGUUCGACGAAGUGCUCAAGUUCCCCGCGGUCGUGGCGGAGCUUGACAGCCGCACCCUCUGGGUGACCGUCUGGCACAGCGACAUGUUCGGCCGCAACGACUUCCUCGGCGAGCUGGUGCUGCCCAUCGGGCGCCAGAUGUUCGAGGACAGCAGUCCGCGCUGGUACACACUCCAGGAGCGCAGCGAGAUCCAGGAGGAGAUGGCCGGCCACCACGGCGACGUGAUCGUGGCGCUCAAGUACACGCCGCCGGACGGCAGCCUGGGCCGCAAGGGCCGCAAGACCAAGGGCCGGCUGCACAUCAUGAUCAAGGAGGCCAAGAACCUGGCACCGGUCCGCACCAACGGCUCGGCCGACCCCUUCUGCAAGUGCUACCUUCUGCCGGACAGAAAAAACAGCAAGCAGAAGACGUCGGUGGUGAAGCGAACCACGUGCCCGCGAUGGAGCGGCGCCCUCACCUACGACAACGUCAGCCUGGGAGAGCUGCGUGAGCGUGCGCUCGAGCUCACCAUCUGGGAUCACAGUCUCACCUCCAACGAGUUCCUCGGCGGUGCCCGCUUCAACACGGGUUCCGGGAAGCAGCACGGCAAGCCGGUGGAGUGGAUGGACGCGGCCGGCCAGGAGGUGGCGCUCUGGGAGCAGAUGAUCGAGCGACCCGGCUACUGGGUCGAGGGGGCCGUGCCGCUGCGCUGCUCCAUGGAGCGUGCCGUGCCCGUCGACAAGUGACUCACGCCGGCCGCCUGCGGCCCACCCGCACCACAUCAGGAUCUCUGCCCGCUACUAGUGUCCCCUUGUAGUUAUCUGUCGGGCCAGGGCGGGCCGUCGGUGGCGCCCGCGGCGCCGUGCGACCCUCGGAGUCAGACCGGCGCUCGCUGAAGCCGCCGCCGCCGCGCCGCGGCGGCGGCCUCAAUGUCAGCAGUCUGCCCCGGGCCGGAUGUGUUCCAUGUCGGCCGGUGUGGCGCCGCCGCAAUGUGUCAUUCCAGUUGUGAUUGGGCCCGGAAUGCGAGUGAUUUCCUAUGGUGAUUCUGGAGCGCGCGCCGCUCGCGGGCGAGUCCGCGAAGCGACCACGCGUGGACGCGUCAUGUCGUGGCACGUGCCGACUGCCGCACGGGCCCGGACGGGGCCCGGCCGGGCCGCGCGCCGGCGGCGGCUCGUGUUAUCUGUGAUAGCCGGCGGUGCGGCGCGCGGCGAGCGGUGGGAGCGCGCGUGGCUCGCGGGCGCGCCCGGCCGACGCUGUGUUCUCCUGCUGGUCGUCAGCCCGCCGGCAGCGAUCCCGGCCGCCGCGUGCUGCCCCUGCACUGUAUCUGUGUCAACGCUGCGUCCACAUAUAUAUGUAUAUGUAAUACAGUAUCAUCGUUGA